GAUUAGAGGGGUGGACGUGGAUCUGUGGACCAUCGAACACGUUGCCUUCCGGGACACAGCGGUCAGGGGAUCGUCUGCCCUGAAGGCCACGUUGGUUCGUGAGCUCUACCAUGAAUGCGCGGUCCACGAGGGCGCGGCGUCUGUUGCGCUCCACUGGGACGCGAAGAAGUUGUUCGGUAUUGUUUGCUCGCGGUUGCUUAUCCGACUGGCCUUUAAGAGCGUGUCUCGGGUGAAGAUUUACGUGUGUGAGGACCUUGAGGCCUGUCAGUAUCAAAUGACUGGUGAGCUCUCUAGGGUGGUGGCCAGGGCCUAUGUCGAUGACAUUGCCCAGAAAAUCGCUGGCCAGGAGCAGGAGCUCCAGGUGCACUUGCUGCCAGAUGCAGUUCGUUUCGCGCAUGAGAUCGAGCACCUUGGCCUGGCGCUGAGCACCAAGAGCGCUCCUGCCAGGCG